AGAACGACGCUUCUCUCCCCACUCGGAAACCGACCGGCGGCACCGAUGAACCCCCUCCGCCGGCCGGCGGCGCGCCGGGAGGGCACUCAGGCGAGCGAAAUCGACGGAUCCACACCUGCAGAGCUCGAUCCAGGCAUUGGGGGCGGCAGAGGGUUCUCCUACGAGCCGGAUGGCACUCUGCGCCCAGGAGGAGGCGCGGCGGCCGGCCAAGGCACCCGGUCCGGCGGCGGCGGGCUGGACCUGCCUUCUUGCGCCGGCUUUUCUUUACCUUCGUCCUGUGGAGCUCCGGUGCUGUUGUGUUGCUGCUGUGCUCCUACUGCAGAUUCUCGCUCUUCGGUUGGCUACGACUCUGAACGCAGCUCUCCUACUGUUGCAGAUUCUCCUACUGCAGGUUCAGAGAUGGACUCAUUGCUCCUGAGGUUGCUUGAAGAUGACUCGUCAUCGGAUGAGGACUAUGAUGUGGCGGCUAUAAUGCUCGCUGAUCUUGCAAAGAAUGAGCAGCCCAAACAUGGUGGUUCUGUGCAAGGGCAUGAGGUGGUUCGUCGGAACAAGCAGAAAGGAGAUGCAAAGCUCUUUGAUGACUACUUUGCAGAAGAACCUGUGUUUGGUCCGGUCACAUUCAGACGGCGGUUUAGAAUGUCAAAGGAGUUGUAGCUGAAACUAUUUUUUUAUCAAUGUGGCCUUAAUGUAUAUUUCUCACUUUUUGUUCCUACUCUGAAUGUAAUUCUGAAUGUUCUUUUGGAAUACUGGAGAAUUCUGAAUUCUUUUGGAAU